ACAAUCUUUGUUAAAGAGACAACAUUGUCAAUGCAUUCUUUCGCCUUGUUUCCAUCACUGAAGUUCUGUGCUCUCUUCAUUCUUUCUCCUGUAUUAUGUUUAUACAGUACUAAUGAUAAGACCUUCUUCAUCUUCCAAAAAAAUCCCAAAUUUAUUUCUAAGAAGAAGGCGAAAAUGGGCACAUUCUCCUUACAAAACUAGAUGGCAUUACAUUUUCACCCAACAACAAGCUCUUCAAACCCUAAAAAAAUCAUGUCUUUCCUCAAACCCAGAUUCAAUUAUUCAACAAUCUACCCAAAACCCUCCUAAAACCCCUUCUCAUCUUCUCAAUUGCCUCAUCAAUUCAUUCGCUUCCUACCAAUGUGACCCAACAUUGUGUGCUUAUAAUUUUGUUAUCAAAACCCUAAUUCAAAAAUCCCAAUUCAAUGAGCUUGAUCAUGUUCUUUCUCAUCUCUUAAAUGUUGAGAAUUUCGAUAUCCCAGAAUGGGUUUUUGUAGAUUUGAUUAAGGUUUAUGGGAAAAAUGGAAUGUUUGAGGAAGCAAUAGAUUUGUUCUACAGGAUACCUAAGUUCAGGUGUGUUCCUACUGUGCUUUCACUUAAUUCUCUGCUUUUUAUUCUUUGUAGAAAUAAAGAAUGUUUGAGAAUUGUUCCACAAUUGUUGUUAAAGAGUAAAUGUAUGAAUAUUCGAUUAGAGGAAUCGAGUUUUUCGAUAUUGAUUUAUGGUCUUUGUAGAAUAGGGAGGGUUGAUUUUGCUAUUAAGUUGUUGAAUUACAUGAUUAAUGAUGAGUUGCACCCUAAUGGGAGAAUGUAUUCUAUGGUUUUGUCGUCGUUGUGUAGACAAAAGAGUGUAAAUAUGACUAGUAUUGAGGUAAUGUGUGUUUGGGAAGACAUGAAAAGAGCCGGGUUUCGCCCUCGUAAAGAGGAUUUUUGCAGUGUGAUCAAGUUCUUGGGGAGACAAGGAAAGGGUAAAGAUGCAUUUGAUGUUUUAGUUGAAAUGAAAAGGGAGGGUAUUAAGCCUGAUGUUAAGUCCUACACAAUGGCUCUUUAUGGUCUUGUUGAAGAAAGCGAGUUUUGUAGAGUAGAAGAGUUGUUUGAUGAACUUCUCAUUUUUGGUUUGGUUCCGGAUGUGCAUACUUAUAAUGUGUACAUAAAAGGCCUAGGUAAACAAAAGAAGGCCAAUGAUGCGUAUUUGAUGAUUGGUAGCAUGGAAGAGCUGGGUUGCCCACCCAAUUUGAUAACUUAUAAUACAGUUUUGGAAGCUUUUUGUAAGGUUGACGAGUUGAGUAAAGCAAGGGAAGUGUGGAGUGAAAUGCGGAAGAAAGGUAUUGAAUUGAAUGAUCAUUCAUAUAGGUUGAUGCUUGAUGCUUUGGUAACUGGGGGUGAAGUUAUUGAAGCUUGCAAGAUGUUGGAGGAAAUGUUGUCCAAGAGUUUCCUUCCUAUGUUUUGUACUUUUGAUAAGAUUGUAUGUAGUUUGUGCCAUGAAGGACUUAUAUCAGAGGCGUUACAUACUCUUGAAGGAGUUUCAAGUCAUGGUGUUCUACCAGGUUCUAUGUCAUGGGAAUCACUUCUUCAUGGGCUAAAUCUUAACCUUGAUCAUGUGGGGGUGGUGUUAUCGAGUUUGGCAAACUUGCACGAAGAUUGAAGAAUGAUACGUGGGACCAAGCAUUUCUUCAAGUUCGGUUUGACGAAACUAGAAGAAGCCUGGACAACUCUAUAGUUGAGCCAACUCUCACACAUGCUAGGAAAGAAGAAAUUCAAGUGGCGAGGAAUAGUUCACCUGAAGGAUGGUAUGUUCUGAAUACUGAUGUAGCGGCAAAACCAUCCCGUGGUCCAGCAGAGGUGGAGUUGUGAUCCGUAUUCAAAUGGUACUUUAGUCUCCCGCCUUGAUCGCCAACUUUGGUCAUUGUAAUGCAUUUAAAGCAAGACCAACUUUGGGCAUUGUGAUGCAUUUGAAGCUGAAAUUAAGGCUCACAGCUCGUGGUCUUGAGCUAGCAAGAAACUUACAAAUAAACAAGCUGGUAAUCCAACUAGAUAACUUAGCUCGUGUCCAAGCUCUUAAUAAUCCCCCAGCAGCAGACGUUGGAGAAAAUGAGCACCUCAUUGAGUAGUGUCGUUGCAGAUUGGCUUGCCAACCAUGGGGUGGCUCAACCUCACGAGAUCGUGAUCUUGAAAGAUAUUCCUUUGUAGACUGUUAGAUGAGGACGGUAGACGCGUGGCUUUCCUACGCUUCACCUCCUUAAUAUUUGGUUUUCGUUUCUUGUUACUGUUUCUUUGUUUCUUAGCUUGGGUUUCUCCCUCUUUUGCAACAAAAUAAAUUAUUUAAGAGUGUAAUUUACACUUUCAAUA